UACAGUCUUUAUAAUAUCCUAGAAUGUAAAUCGACGUUUUUCUCUCAUGCCUCAUGGCUCAUGACCGUUGAGCAGCGUGUCAGGCGAGGGAUAACCUUCAAGGAAAUAACCUCCACGCCCUCUGUCUCUCCGCUAACACUGUUUAAUCACGGGAUAUAUGCAUUUCAACUCAGCAUAUCAUAGAAUAGAGUUCGCUGUUUAGUAAACAGUGUUUACACGUGUCGUUCGCCGGUGACAGCGCUGUUUCAGUAUGUCGUAACUCGUCGUAACGUCCACUGCUCAGGACUGACGAGACUCGAGAGUGAUCUCGAGACAAUGAGACACGGAGCAAAAUGGAAACGGAAGAACUUUACAGUAUCAACAUUUCUCCACUGGUAACAAUCCCAUUUGCCACGCAAUGGUCACCAGACAAUCAGAUCUCGAUAAUUACGGAAAGAGGCGUUCACAUAUUCGAAUUCGAGCCUACUCCCAUGUCCCCCAACUCGACUAUCAGGUUUGCCCGUUCCUUUAUAAAUCCCCCCGAUACUUUGCCGACCUAUGUCUCUAUCAACGAGAUAAAUCCAUCAAUGUGGAACAUGGAGCAUGAAGAGAUUUACUCGCUCUUGAUGGAGGAAAUGAUCACACCAAAAUUGGAUGGUACGAACGACAGACUCCCCAGGAUAGUGAGAGUGGCAUGGUCGCCGAAAAAUUUGAUCUCUCCGAGUCAGUGUGCGUUAGCGAUAGUGAGCGCAGCAGGCACAGUCAACUUGUUGCAUAAAGUUUCCAAUGAAUGGUAUUCCAUAUGCGACGUUUCGUCUCUCUGGCUAGAUAUCGUGCAAGAUCAGAUCGAACCUAGCCUUGAUAAAUAUAAAAAGUCAAGUGAUCUUUCGUAUGCAACGAUAACUGAGAGUAUGAGACGAUUACAAGUUUGCUCCGUGACAUGGAGUAAACUGUUGAUAAUGAAGGAGGAAACCUUUGCAUAUUUUUCUGUAGCUCAUUGCAGUGGUGACGUAUCAAUUUGGAAGAUUCCUCGAGUAACGAAUUUUUCCAAGAGCCUGCAGCCGAAACUCGUCGGUAGAAUAGAUUCAAACGUUCGCGUAAAAAUCAACGUGUUAUGCUGGAUCACCAUUAACGCGAACAAGCAUCUACUCGUCGUUGGAUACAUUGACGGUCGAAUACGUGCCGUAAAAUUGACACGUGUCGAUAAUGAUCUGCAAGUGGCGUCGACGGAACAAUACAUCGACCCUGAUUGCGUAACAAUCGACUAUCUAGACGUAAUUUCUCAAGAUAAAUCAAACUUGAAGAUUCUCGCUACUAAAGGAUCUUUUCUUUUGUUACUGUGCGUCAAUUUGAAAGGAGUGUUGCAGAAUAUGCGAUAUCUGCAAGUACCAGGAUUCAAUAUCACAGGUGUAGUUGCCAUUGCUCCUCAGCAAUUCUUAAUCAGCACGCAGGAGAAGCGUAUUCUUGCCGUUGAUGUGCAGUUGGACGAGUUGAUUAGCAUUAAUGUCAAAAGCCACUUACCCCAGACACAUGUUCAAUAUUUAGGACUCGCUCGUUCACCGAACAAAGUAAUUUUUCUAAAUAUAACCAGUCCGAAUAUGAUUUAUGAUCAUUUAGUUAUGAGAGAGCCAAGCACGAUGCACAUAUUUAGUUUGAAAGGCACAACGUGGGACCCAUUGUUUAUUAUUAAUAACAGUACAGAUCUCGCUAAUGUCUGGGAUUGUAUGGAAGUGCUUAGGCUCAAAGCCGUUAAAGCGGAGGAUUCGACUACGGUGUUGUGUCCUAGUCCACAAACGCUUGAAUCAUCGUCGCUCUAUAGCUUGCAAGUGUCAAUGUGGAUGACGAUAAUGACAACGGUAUCUACGACGAAGAAAACGAUAUCAAACAUCAAUCACGUAAAAGAGGGGAAAAUGACGCAAGCGCUUCCGCUAAUCUCCGUACAUUCGACAUGCAGGUAUCUUGAUUGUUUGACGGAAAAGGAUGCGUUGUCGGAGGAGAAUUUGCUUGCCGUCAGCCUAUUGAGAAAUUACCUAAAGAUGUAUCUCGCGAGUGAGAACGGAAAGAGCGAGGGCACCGUGCAUCGACGCGCUCGAAAAGCAUUGAGUGCAGUCGCAUCCUAUCCCGAUCGAGUGGAAACGUGUAAUUUGUGCAACGAAACGAUAAACGAACCCUGGAAUGCCAAGUCGUGUCCACGAGGUCAUAAAUUACCCAGAUGUACCACGACACUGUUACAAGUAACAUCGUUGGAAUACCGCGUUUGUCCGAUAUGCGGUCAACUGUUUCAUCGGUGUUUAGAAGAGGUAUACGAGGAGCCACGAUGUCAGUUGUGUGAUGUACCCAUCUUGCAUAAUCCAUAUGCUUUUGACGUGGAUCAGUACAAAUUCUAUGGGACAAACUUGUCACGGUUACACGUCAACGUCGCGGAAUCGUCGAGAGAACCGGAAGAAUUGCAGAAUUCAUCUGAGAAUGAGCCAACGAGCAAGUGGCAUACUUCGCGUUCUAUAAUCGUGAAAGAUGACGAUGAUGAUGACGAUGAAUCGGAUAGAAUCACAGAGAGGUGGGAAGAAUUUUAAGAGGACAAAUGUAAAGCGAAUCAUAAAAUGAAAUCAUAAAAUGAUUCUCACGAUUUUGAUCUUAUUAAAUAUAUGUUACUAUAAUAUUUUGUAAGUUA